AUGUCGCGAAUGGAGUUAUACUCGCCCGAAGGGCUAAGGAUAGACGGGCGAAGAUGGAACGAGCUACGCCGGUUUGAAUGCCGAAUAAACACCCAUCCCAACUCGUCAGAUGGCUCAUCCUACGUUGAGCAAGGCAACACCAAGAUCAUAUGCACGGUGACUGGUCCAGUUGAGCCGGGCAGCAGAGCACAGACGAACCAAGAGAAAGCCAAGGUAGAGGUGAAUCUCACCAUUGCCAAUUUUUCCACUUUUGAGAGAAAAAAACGGUCAAAGAGCGAAAAGAGGCUCGUGGAGUUGCGAACCACGCUUGAGCGGACGUUUGAGCAGCUGAUCUUGCUCCAUUUGUACCCUAGGACCAGUAUUAUUGUCAAUGUGCAAGUGUUGAACCAGGAUGGAGGCAUGCUUGCUGCGAUAACCAACGCGAUCACGUUGGCGUUGUUGGACGCGGGUAUUGCCAUGUACGACUACGUGAGCAGCAUCAGCUGUGGAUUACAUGACCAGUCGCCCUUGUUGGACUUGAACAAUUUGGAGGAGCUGGACAUGAGCUGCUUGACCAUUGGCGUCAUUGGCAAAAGCGAGAAGUUGGCCUUGUUGAUGCUUGAAGAUAAGAUGCCCUUGGACAAUUUGGAGAAGAUCUUGAGCAUUGCCAUUGCCGGAAGCCACCGAAUCAAGGACUUGAUGGACAUGGAGGUGCGGAGACACGGAAACUCGAGAGCUGCAAAAUUACUCAAGUGA